AUGACAAAAAAUUUCAAGCACAAGUUAGGAGAAGGGGGUUAUGGUUCUGUAUAUAAAGGAAAGCUUCGAAGCAAGCGUGAUGUGGCUGUUAAGCUAUUAGGCAAGUCAACAACAGAUGGGCAUGAUUUCAUCAAUGAAGUUUCCACCAUUGGAACUAUUCGUCAUACUUUGGAUUGGCAAAAACUAUAUCCAACAGAUAAAAGUAUUGUGUCUCUAACUACAGCUAGAGGCACAAUGGGAUACAUGGCUCCUGAAUUGUUGUACAAAAACAUUGGAGGCAUCUCACACAAGGCUGAUGUUUAUAGUUUUGGGAUGAUGCUGAUGGAAAUGGCAGGAAGAAGAAAGAACCAUGAUGUUGUGCAGAAUUCAUGGCAGACUUACUUUGCGAAAUGGGUUCAUGAUCAGUUUGAAGAAACAAUAUUUAAAAGCAAUGCCACAGAAGAAGAGAAGAAGAUAGCCCUGAAAAUGAUUACAGUUACUUUUACUUGCAUACAGCUGAGCCCAAGUGAUCGCCCCUCAAUGGGCAGAGUAGUGGAGAUGCUUCAAGGGGAUGUUGACGGCUCAGAGGUCUUCAGAGCAUAG